CUCCACGCGAUGUAAUCGCCGUGACACACAAAGUAGCGUUUAUUUUUCUCCUCGACUGCACUGCAUAUCGCCGUCGCCGGUCACGCUGCAUCGUUCAUCGCACGUGCGACCGUUUGUUACGCGUAAUUCCUGGGUAAAAAAUGGUCACGAUUUCAUCGGCGCGACGGUCCUGGCCGUCGGCGAUCGCACGAUAUACGUGCGAAGUGGCCAAUCGCCGAGAAAUCGCCGCUCACCGGAUAGCCAAUCGUGGUACACAGACGGCGUCAUAUAUCGUCGGUACGCCGACGACUAUUAUUAAGCUUGUCCUUAACGAUCGCCAGGACUAUCGUUCGCAGAUCAUUAGCUGUUGUCGCGCGACUAGCAUCGUAGAGCUAUUCGCGAAAUCGUCGAUCUCGCUCUCGCUCUCGCUGUCGCUCUCGCUCUCUCGGUAUUGCGCCGCGUGUAUCACCGCGAACGGCCGCGGCCUUUUAAAUCGAAUGUGCUUCGCGCGUUUCUUCGUUCCAUCCCGUCUCGUCUUGUCUCUCCUCGUCUCUCCACGCGAACUCGCGCAGUGAAAGUCCACUGAGAACAGCAGCGCACGACUUUUAGGCCGCUGUCGCUGCUGUUGUUGCUGAUUUUUGGAUAAGCAGCGUGUGGGAGCGAGAAAGCGCACUUUCGGUUCGAGGUCUCGAGAGUGCUUCGACGUUGAUAUUCGACGUGCUCCGUAAUCGUCAGAGGACUCGCAGCUAUAUAUCAGUAGCAGUCGUCGUCGAAGGCACUCAACGGGAAGUGAUCGAAGCGACGGAGGAAAGUCACUUCGGCGGAAGGAUACGACGCGAAUGUCACGCUCGACAAUCCCGAACUCUCGCCGGAGAAAACCGCGUUCGGCAUCGAAAAACGUCCCGUCCGCGUAGGGUCGACGACACCUGGACACCCGGCUGACUUGAAAUUAUGUUAUCCACUUGUUGAACAAACACACGCAGCAAACCGGCCGACCGAGGAACUCUGAGUGCGUCAGAGUGUGCAAAUUAAAUCCAUAUGAAGUCGAGCAAAUAAAGCUUUGAAGGCUUAUCGCAACGGAGAGAAUUCGGAAGGAGUCAAGAUGAUAACCGUGCCGAUCUCGAGCUCCAGUCCUUACGUGAAAGCCACGUCCUACAGCGACGCCAGUGCGAUCGCUAAAACGUCCUUGUUCUCUAGAAACAUGAGGGAACAUUCGGCAGCCCAACGGAUGGAGAGAGAUAAGGACUUGCCGCAACGAUCACAAAGCAGUGCGGCUAGCUUAACGACGUCUAUACAUGCCGAUUUGUCUCCCAGUUCUUCUCAAUUCUUCGAGGUACUUUACGUUGGCAAAAUAAAAUUAUCGCUCCCGAAAGUAGCGGAAUCGUUCAUUGACGAUACCUUGAUAAGACUUCGCAUUCACGAACUCGAGAAAUCGAGAUCAUCGACGGGUAAUCUCCUGUCAGAUUGUCAACGGUUAAAACGUCAAGCUUUGACAUCUUCCAUUAAUAGGAGGAAUAGCACGGAAUCUACCGCCAGUGAAUCAGGGAGUGUCGAAAAUGUAUCGGGGAAUAAUACAAUUCCAUGCGUGAAUCCCCUUGGAGUUGCGCCAGUUUUAAGUGGCUCCGCGGAAACUUUUCCAAGAACAAACGCCAACCCUGUGGAAAACGAUGAUCGCAACGAUAAUCGGACUUCCGAGUCUUCCUCUAAUUCUAACGUGACCGUACCUGAAAUUAUGCGAAAUCGCGCGGCGUCUACCGGCAGUGUUUUAACUGGCAGAAGGGAUUCUGCCUUUAAGACCAACGAUAACAAUCGCGCUAUGCUCUUUCAGAUAGGGCGAUGCGAUCUAAUAUUGAUUAGCCUGAAUACAAAACAGCCAGUUUUGAAGAAGCAAUUAAAAGAUGUGGUCAACUGUGUGCAAGGUAUAAAAAAUCGUGAUCACUUUGGAUUUAUUUGCAAAGAAUCGGACUACUUCAUCGGACAUAUCUUCAAAUGCGAAUCCAUAUCAGUUGCGGAUGAUAUUGUGGCAGCGAUUACACAAACCCCCGCUGCGAUCUGCGAUAUCACGAGGAAAGGAAGGUAUCCUGUCAUUUCUUGCGAGCAUUGUCCUAUGUACUGGUACAACAAGUUAAAUCAAGAAAUCAAAGGACAAAGCGAUAGAAAAGUACAAAAUAUCAUAUUUUCGCGUAUGGAAUUAUUACCGGAGGAUGAGCAGGAAGUUGUUGUGAACAAGUUUAAAGGUGCCGAGGCUGCGGGUAACGUCGGUGCGAGCUCCUUGAAUCUCCAAGAACAAAAUCAAUUCUUAAUGCGACUGUUGCGUGCUCAUUGCGAGGCAAAACAAGCGAGACACGUACACGAUACGGCUGAGAAUAGAAGUGAAUUUCUUAAUCAGUACCUAAGCGUCGGUGUGGGCAGCACGAUGUUCAAGAAGGCGCGUUCUCUAGCGAAUAGCUUCGACAAUUUUAUGAAAAGGAAAGGUUCCCGUGACGAUUUUGGUUUGGGUACUCAUUUGAGGGAUGCAAGUCAUCUUGGCACGGGAAUACAAAAAAAUGACAGUCAGAGCCCAGACAACUCGCGACAGUCACCUGUAUUGGGCACUUCGCCGGAAAUGAGUAGACGAAAAUCAUUGCGCAUUUCUCCCGAACAAACAUUUCUGAAGAAUGGUUCGAAGAAUUCUAUGAUGGAUAUCUUUUUCAAAGUCGGUAAUUCACCUAAAACAUCACCCACGGAGACUGACGGGAACACGAUUCCAGCUAAUAGCUCAUGGCGACAAACGAUACUAAACAAAGUUGUAACGCCGAAUAAAGCUUGCAACAUCAAGGAAAUUGUAGACGUUGGUACUAUUGGAAGUUCAGAGAUGCCCGUUAAACGCAGAACGAAACAGGAAUUGCGAGACUUAUGGAAGAAAGCAAUUAAUCAACAACUGAUGCUUAUCAGAAUGGAGAAAGAGAAUGCAAAACUCAACGAACGUCAAGAGGAGGCAACGGUAAAAAGAAAUAAAUUGGAAUAUGACGAGCUCAGCAGCUGCAUCUAUCCAGUAGAAAUAUGGGACCUCUGCGUUAAUAAAGAGUCGCGUAUAUCUACAAAAUGUGAUAAUCAAAUGCUUUUACACGCUGUCAAGCAAGGUGUACCAAAAGGAAAGAGAGGUGAGGUUUGGCAUUUUCUAGCCGAACAAUUCUGCUUGAAGCAACCGCCUAUAGACACGCAAGACUUCCCAUAUUAUAACACACCCUAUAAGUUACUCGUAAAACAACUAACACCUUAUGAUCAUGCAAUUUCGAUUGAUCUGGAAAGAACAUUCCCAGGCCAUCCGUAUUUCAGUUCACCCAUGGAGGACACUCGUCCUCCGGGACAGUUAGAGCUGUUCAACUUGUUGAAAGCCUACUCGUUGUUAGAUUGCGAAGUUGGUUAUUGCCAAGGUUUAAACUUCGUCGCUGGAGUGCUUCUUUUGCAUAUGCCAGAAGAUCAAGCCUUCUUCUUGUUGCGGCAUCUAAUGUUUCGCCGAGGACUCAGAAAACUAUAUUUGCCAGACAUGUCAGCGUUGCAAUUGCACUUGUAUCAACUUUCUAGACUGCUACACGACCGGUUACCAACUAUCUAUAAUUAUUUUGAGAAACACGAUGUUUCGCCCACUUUAUAUGCCACUCCAUGGUUUUUAACUCUGUUCGCCAGCCAGUUUCCUCUGGGUUUUGUAACUAGAGUUUUCGACUUACUUUUUCUGGAAAGCUCUGAAGUUCUCUUUCGUGUGUCGGUUGCAUUAUUAGAAGAACAUCAAGAUCAAUUGUUAACUCGCAAUAGCUUUGAAGGGAUUAUGGAGUAUUUCAAGACAAAUAUACCAGCGGUAGACAAGCAAAUCUUAGAUCGCGUGAUGAAACGCGUAUUUUAUCCCGAUUCGGAAAUCACAAAACAAUUGAACGAGUACAAAGUGGAGUACCGAGUACUUCAAGAAGAAGUGUUCUGGAUGAAACCGAAAAUGGAAAAAUUAGAAAAGUUCACAUUAAUGAACCAGCAACUCACGCAAGAAGUUGCACAACUAAGAGAACAACUCGAGAUCACCCUGAGUAAUUUGCAAGUAAUGGAAACGACACGUACAAUGCAGCAAUCAAUAGCCCAUAAACUCGAGUCUCAAAAUCGCAGUUUCGAAGUAACGAUAACAACAUUAGGCGCAUUCAUUCAACAAUUAAUAGAUACGCGUUCCGACAUCGACGUACCGGGCGAUGUCCGUAGGAUAAUUACACAAUUGAGCAUGGUUGAGAAACGACGAAGUGCAGGAAUCAAAUCGCAUCCUUUGAAACUCAUCGAGGAUAAUAAAUAUAGAAUGAUAAAAAGUAAUUCUACCGGAAGAGAAUCUCAGAAUCUUUUGAGGAGUAAUAGCAUAGCCGAUCCACCGUAUCCCUUGAAGUCGACUUUAAGCCAACCCAAUUUGGCAACGAAAUCUGAGAAAAGCUCCUCAUUCUUUUCAAAUUCGCACAACCAUAUACAGAAACAACGGGCGCAAUUAGCGGCUCUCAGGAACGAAUACUCCGAGCAAGCGAUAAGAGGUAACAAUGACGAGAACGAUCCGAAGACAGUCAACAUCGAUAUUCAAAUUACAGACACUAUGAAUUUGGCCAAUAAUCCGGUUCCUCAGAAUGAACAUAACUUAAAGGUUCCAACAACCAAUUUAGAGAAAUCGAUAUCACUACCAUUAAAAGCCAAGUUGAAAGUAUCGAAAUCAGCUUACGAAUUAGGAUCCGUGAAGAAGGUGCCCACCAGCAAAUUGGAAGUCACAGGCAACGACUCGUUGACGAAUUUGACAGGAACCGUACAUCCGCUAGACACGUGCAGCGACGUGAAUUUCCGGUACGGCGGAACCACUAAAUUGAAGUCUAUCAAACCCAUCAGAUUAUCGUCUAGUCCGAGCACUCAGGAAGAUGGCAGUAACAACCAGAAGGCCGAACAGCAUUCUGAUUCUUGGACUAGAUAACAAUUGCUUUUAAACACAUCUUCGAGAAGCGUUCUCUCGAAGAAAGGAAUCUUCAUAAAAAAUAUACACUUGAAACGAUAUUGGUGAUGAGUAGAUUAAGAUUUACGUACGCAUAUUUGAUUACUUACAUUUACACUUUCGAGCGGACAGGUUUUAAAGCGACUGCGUACUUCAUUUUAGUCGUAUGAUUAUGCAGAGAAAUAAUUCUUAAUUUGUUGUGAAGUGUUUUAUAACUGGUGAUUACAACUUAUAAAAGUAAGACGUACACACAUACAUAUACAUGCGCGCGUAUAUACAAUAGCAUUGGUAUAGUAGUAUGUACUAAAAUUUAGAAUCACUACGAAUGAAUGAUUGGUAGAAAAUCCACACUUUUUCAAAUAACAACUUAAGUAAAGACAUAUAAAGAUACACGAGGAACAUAUUUAUAUCCAGAAAAUGAGACAGAUAUCAAAAUAAGAUGUUAGAAAUGUAUGCAAGCAGUUCAGAUUGCCAAAGGAAGUGCCAAACUUUCUCUAAACGAGAAUACACAUUUUAUAGUAGAAUGAAAAGCGAGUUUAGUUACAUAAAGAUACGUAAGUGUGUGUAUGUAUAUGUAGUAUAUAUAUAUAUAUAUACUGCGUAUAUGUAUUUCGUAUAGAUGCGGUUAUAUCGUUUAAAGAAGAUGCAUAUUUAUAAAAGCCAUUAAUAUAUAUAUAUAUAUAUAUAUAUAUAUAGGCUGCUAUGCACUGUAAGAUUCAAAGAAUUAAGUAUUACUAUUUUUGCACAAAACGAGCCUUGUGAUAUCAGGGGUAUACUUAACAGUACUCAGUGUACUUUAUAGUAUACAAGUUUUACCAUCGUUGAUACGCGAAAGUAGAAUUAGCACAUCUAACAUCCAUAUCAAGCGUGUUGAAAAAAAAAAAA